AUGAAAUCCUUACUUUCUGAAACUCCAUUGGCUUCAGUUGGUCAAUCCACAGAGUGCACUGCAAACUACACUGCUCAUACGGAAGAGCAAACGUUCCUUGUGGAAAUGGGAAAAGAAGGCUGUCAAGCACUUGUUAAACCCACCAACGAUAAGAAUGUGGACGUCUACCUGAAACCGGAAUCGGUGAGUUCACAAUGUUGA